AUUAGUAUCAAUAUAAUUUAUAUUCCAAUUGCCAGUCACACUUUAUAUAAACGAAUUGAAGACCUUAGAGCAACAACGGUACAUGCCACAAAAGUUUUGAUUCAUAGCCCUCAUAGAAGAAAUAAUUCUACAACUGGAAGAGUGUUUUGGUCAGAAUCUAAUAAGGAAAUUGCUAACCUAAAUAUUAACCAGACAAUCACUUGUCUAACGGUUGGCGUGAUUCUACCUGAUGAUGAAAAAGAUAUAUUACUAAUAGGUACUAGCACACAUAUCUUAGCAUACCAUGUCCAUGACAACAAAGACGUAUUAUAUAAAGAAUGUCCUGAUGGAGUCAAAUCUAUUGCUGUAGGAUCUUUUAAAGAUAUGAAAAAUGUCAUAAUGGUGGGAGGAAAUUCUUCGAUACAUGGUUACAAUAAUCAAGGGACCGAAAUAUUCUGGACAGCUGUAGGAGAUAUUGCAACCUCCCUUAUUUUUAUGGAUUAUAAUCAAGACGGUCAGAAUGAGCUGGUUGUUAGCUCAGAAGAUUUCAACAUCCGUAUAUUUGAUAAGGAUCGAAUGUUGGCAGAACACGUAGAGACAGAGGUGGUGACGAAUUUAUUGGCUUUACCAGAGAAUAGAUUCGCUUAUUCGGUAUCGAAUGGCACUGUAGGCGUUUACGAGCAAGAAGAUACGAUUAUGGCGGGUCAAAUCUAAGCACUUCGCCAUUUCAUUGCAUUACUACGAUCUUCUUGGGCAAGGAACGCCUCAACUGGUUACAGGGUGGUCUAAUGGUAAGGUAGAUUUUAGGUCUAUUAAAACCGGAGAAGUCUUGUUUAAAGACACCAUGAGUUCUGGAGUAUCGGGUGUAGUUGAAGGUGAUUAUAGAUCUAUUGGGAAGAAUGAUUUGAUUUGUAUAUCCUCAGAAGGAGAAGUUAAGGGUUACACAACUACCAAAGUCUUAACAACAAACAAAGGAUCCGAAUCAGAUCAAAACCUGAUCAGAGAAUUGUUAGCUCAAAAGCAGUCCCUUCUGAUGGAACUAAAGCAUUACGACGUGAACACAAAAUAUAAUGAAAAUAUUUUCUACGAAACUGAAAGUUACGAAAAUAGUGGUGUCAUACCUGCGAACACUAGAUUAGAGCUUGCGAUUAGCACCAACAGCACUGAUCCAAAACCACAUGUGGAGUUAUACUUAUGCACCAAUAACUCAACAAUAAUCAGGGCAACGAUAAUUUUUGCCGAAGGAAUAUUUAGUGGAGAGACUCAUGUGAUUCAUCCACCCGUUUCAAAAUUAAAAUCACAAGCUUCUGGUGCCUUUAUUUUUACCUAAAGAUAGUCCUGUAGAUAUACAUGUCAAGGUACUAAUUGGGUAUCCAAAUAGUUGCCAAUUUCAUGUUUACGAAAUUACCCGACAGCUGCCAAGAUUCUCAAUGUACUCCUUAAAAGAGGUUGGCCGAAAUUCAAGAAGUGAAAGCUACGUAGAAUUUAAAAUUACCGAACGUCUACAAAGAAUAUGCAUGUGGAUCAAUCAGAAUUUCUUGCUUCCCAAUGACAUAGAAUUUGAUUCUGGACCAAAUUUAACCUUGAGUUUAAGGUGUUUAAGAAAUGAUACGGAUCUGGAUAUAGUGUUUGAGAUAUCUGGAAAAAUUACUAUUUAUACCAGUAAUAUAUCUCUAGCUGCGGAUAUAAUACAGUCUAUUGCCGCGUAUCUUAACAUAGGAAAUUUAGAGUCUAGUGCGUCUUUUCCCCAAGAAGAAGAGAAGGUAUCUACUUUAAUGGGAAAACUACAAGACAUUCAAAAUGCCAGAUUGCGAUUAGAAACCGAUGUUGCUGAUCGAACUUCGCAAAUCAGAGCGUUAAUUGUUCAAGCAGAUGAUUGUAGGAUAAAUAAUUUAAACGCACUACCGGAUCAAUACAAGGAAUUAAUGACUAUAAAUGCAGAACUGAUCAAUGGAUACAACAUCAGGUUGCAAAAUUAUAAUGAAGGUGUUGAAACCAUGAAAACACUCAAUUCAAUUAUACAGAAGGCUUCAAGACUAAGAGUCGGAUCCAAGUCGUCAAAUAUGAUUAAUUUUUGUAGAACAUGUUUGAAUAACAACAGCGCCGAAGGACUUCUUAAAGUUAUCAAAACGGGUGAAAUGUAAUGUGAUCUAUUUUAUAAUUUUUCUUUAUAAAUUAAUAAAAUAU